CGCGGCCGGCAGUCCUUGCGCCCGCCUCGCCCCGACCGCACGCGCCGCCACGCGCCGCCUCCAGUCGACAAUAACCACUGCCGCUCACAGUACACACUCCGCUACCGACGAGGGUCCAAAAACAAACCCUACUAUGACAGCCUGCUGACAACAAGAUGUCGUUCUGCAGAAUCACUGGCCGCAGCCGGGGGCUGCCCAAGCCCAACUACUUCCCGCUCCUCGCACCGAUCUCACCGGCGGACGCCAAGCGCUGCUGCCGCAUCACCGGCAAGUCCUACGGCCUGCCGACCCACCACUACAUUCCAGUUCUCCUGACCACAAGAUCGGGGAAGACCAAAUGCAAAAUCACGAACGUCGCCGGUGAAUUGGGACCGCACCACUAUGGACCAGAAAUAAAUUAUGGAAACAGAAAACACGAGUUGCUGCCGGACUACCGAUACAUUUUCCCAGUUCUCGACGGCUCCACCGAAGCUCAAAAAGCAUUAAUGGAUAUGCUGUUGACCAAACAAGUGACAGAAGAGAAGCGAUACGUUUACACAGUUCAGGAGCGGAGGUGUAGUUUAGUGUUUUCGGCGCGAAUGGAAGCUGCAGUGCGAGAUGGUGACGUCAGGGAUGUGAUGCUCGCGAAAGACUCGGAUACAGUGCUAAUUAAAACAAAACAUGGUCGUAACGUGUCUAUGGAGUUCAGGGACUUCUCAGAAGACGUUGAAAUGUUUGAAGGUGAAGGACCAAAUGCAGAGGUAUUAAGACAGAGAGAAAAAGAGGAGCUGGAAGAAAAGAAAAAGAAACGUAAAAGGGCAGCGGGUCUUUCUUCAAUGAAAAAGAUAUUUGAAAAUAAAGAAAAAUUGGCCGAAGUUCAGGAACUAAAAGAAGAGACGCAACGUCAAGAGCGUUUAGCUAAGAAAGCUAAAUUGGAUGAAGUUAAACAUGACAAAUGUGACGUAAAGACCUACAAUUACAACAAUUUUGAUGUAAACCACAUGCGAUCCAAGUCCAGUAUUGCUACAUGUAAUGGAGAAUGGAAAGAUCAGAUGCACCCUUUGAUUGAAUCUUGGGAUUGGGACCAUUUUGAAAAAGACAUGACUGAUGAGCAUGUUGUUUCUCAUAUAACUACUCUUCCAUCACCAGUAAAGUUGACUCCGUAUCAUUGUAAAGCUGAAAAUUUACAAGUUGAUAGCAGUAUUGGUGACAUUUCGCUAGCAUUAGAAAGUGUUCCUUGUGUUAAUCCUUUAAAACCUAUCAGUGCAAGACCUUCUGAAUCAGUAUUAACUGCUGUUAAAGAAAUGCCUCAAGAACGUUUACUGGAAACAAGUAAUAUUUCUGAAAAAUUACGUGCAGAAAAUAAGGCUGACAUGCUUCCGACGAUGGAAAACCUACCGAAAGUUAUUAAAAACAUCAAAAAAGGAAAACGUGAAAAAGUGGCUAAAAUACCAGGACUAACCAUUGAUAUUAAUAAAGCCAAAACAUUCAUACCUGGCCAGCAUGUGAUCACACCACAAGGCCCCGUUUUUGUUCCAGGCCAAACAGUUCAAACACCAUCUGGACCGGUAUUUGUGGCGGGAAUCAGUGUUAACACCCCAUCCGGGCCGGUAUUGUUACCAGGGCAUAUUGUUAUGAACGAAAACACUGAUGAACCAUUUUUCCUUGCUGGACAAGUGUUACAAACAAGUAACGGAGAAGAAUUCGUUUGCGGACAAACAGUUAAGACAAAAGAUGAAACAUAUCGUUUUAAUGAAGGUCAAACCGUGCUUUCCGAGGAGGGAAUUAAGUUUGUACCCGGAAAAAUUAUUACCAAUGAAUCUGAGGAAGUAUUUGUACCAGGACAAAACAUUAUGACACCAGAAGGUCUACAAUUUGUGCCCGGUCAAACCAUGAUGGAAAAUGAUGCUAUAAUUUUUACUCCUGGACAAAAUGCCAAAAUUAAUAACGAAUGGGAGUUCGUGCCAGGACAGGUGUUGUCUCAAAAUAAUGAAUUACAAUUUGUGCCAGGUGCUACGAUUGCUACUCCAAAUGGAUUAAAAUUCAUACCGGGCCAGACAGUAACAAUGAAUGGUGAAACGUGCUUUGUACCCGGCAUCACAAAAACAACGAGCAAUGAUGCAUUAGAAUUUGUUCCGGGUACUACAGUUGAAACAAUAGAUGGACCAAAGUUUAUUGAAGGGCAGAUUGUACACACUGAUAGUGGAGAAAAGUUUAUGCCGGGAAAAACUAUUGUGCAAGCUGAUGGCCAUGUUGAAUUUCAAGUUGCCAAGUCUGCUGAAGAUAUAACUUUUACUGAAAGUACUCCUGUAGGACUACCAAUUGAUAUCAAAACAUGUUCCUUAUCUGAAGAAUCUUUAUACGUGUUUGGACACAUGGUGCAAACAGCUAAAGGUAUUGAAUUUUAUCCGGGAUCAAGAAUACCAAAACAUGAUGGCAAAGUAGUCCCAGGACGACUAGUCAAAAAUGAAGUAAAUGAAUCCAGAUUUGUUCCAGGCAUGAUGGUAGAAGGUGUAUUUGUCCCUGGCCAAACCGUAUUCACAGAAAAUGGAGAGCAAUUUGUUCCUGGACAAGUAGUGGAUACCGCUGAUGGUCCCAAAUUUGUCCCUGGUCAAGUAGUCAAUACAAAAACAGGACCUAAGUUUGUCCCAGGUCAGACAAUUCAUACUAUCGAUGGUCCUAGAUUUGUUCCCGGUCAAAUUAUCGAAACAAAAGCUGGACCAACAUUCAUACCAGGACAAGUAAUAUCAACUGAAGAAGAAGGCUCACGUUUUGUACCUGGUCAAGUAGUUGAUACGGAAGAAGGGCCGAGAUUUGUGCCGGGUAGAGUUAUAGAAACUGAUGACAAUGGCGUUACAUUUGUCCCUGGUCAAAUUGUCCAGACUCCUGAAGGUCUCAAGUUUGUAGCUCCUGAUUUAAUAGAGGGUGAAGAAGGUUUCGAAUUUUCAGUGCAAAGUUUUGUCGUAACCCCAGAAGAAUUGAAGCUAUUGAAAGUAAAAACCAACCCCAACGAUACAACUUCUACAAGAGGUGAGCUAAGUAUUGACACAAAUAUGCUAAGACAGCUGUCAGAAGCCGGUAUGGGGAUUGGAAGACAAGUUCCAGCAGAAGUACCAGCAAUAAAUGUUAUUUUAAAUGAAACUAGAAAUGCAGAAGCUUUGAAAGCUUUUGUUACAGAUUAUGGGCUCAAGGAUGAUGUUGCUAAUCAAUUAAUGGCAGUAAUCACAUCCAUAAUAGAAAUGAGCGCCCAUGUUAGAACAGAACUUCAUGAUUGUAAAAGUAGCGAUCAAGCCUCAAGCGAAGGAAAAAAGAGUAGAUCAAGCAAAAAACGAAUGCAAAUUCAAGAGCAUUUAGGAUUCGAUAACGAGAAUGGCCACUCGGCGCAUCAGGACAAUGUGAAAAAUUCAAUUGCUGCUGCAGUACUGGCUGCCUUGGUUACAGCUGAGCAAUUUGAAGAACCGAAUAAUAACCACACUAAAGGGAAAUACCAAUUUAUAUUAAAAUCUAUUGAUACUAUUUUAGGCAAAGCCAUUGACGAAGACUUUGUUUCGGCCAUGUAUAAGAUCCUUCAAACAGAAGAAGAAAAAGACAUUCUCUGCGAAGAAAUUUUAGAAAACACAUCUGAUCCAAAAGUAGAAUUAAUCAAAAUCGCCCUAAACUGCAACUUGCAGAACAAUUCAUUGACAGAAGAGGAUAUUAUUGAAAAAUUCAGUGACUUCUUGAGCAGUGAAAAUGAAGUUUUAGGACCGGCUUUUAAAAAUAUCACCAAAAAUGACACGAGUUUAUUGCACCAUGUAUUAAGUCACAUUUCCGAAUCGAUAUCAUUUAUAAAAACUGAUAAUGAAGCAACGGAAACAUUACAAAAGGCAAUAGUUGCUGCAGUCCAAGAUGCUAGCAACAAGGAAUUGCAGCAAAUAAUGGAAGAGUCCAAUCAAAAUGAGUUAAAAGAAAUGAUGGUUCAAUCUAUUGGAUUAGCAAAAGUGCUUGGUAUGUCUGAUGUAGCCAGGAGCUUAUUGGCAGUCAUUAAUGACGGUGACAGUUUAUCUAAAAUAGCUGAAGAUGCUACAAGUCUUAAUAUUUUAAGAAGAUUAACAGUCAUGAGGAAACUUGCUGAUAAGUCUCCAAACUUGCACUCAGCACUACGAAAACUAGAGACAGACGUAGAGCUAGCUCGGACGGACCCCAGACUUCGAGAUCUAGUUCGAGAAAGCGCUGCCCUCAUGAUAGUACCAGAAGAACCAGCACUGAUGUCAUCAGCAGAUAUUCCAUUGAGUCUGUUACAGCCAGAGAACAGUCUUGCAAUGGAAGAUUUCUUGCUACAACGCAAAAAGGGAGGUUUGCAUUGUUCCGGUGCACUUUUGAUAAUGAAGAGAGGCUUGCAGGCCGUGGUCCCGCGGGAGGCCAGUCGCGGGGUGCUCACUGGGCAAAUAGCUUACACAGUGCUAGACGAAAACGGGUUGCGACAUUUCGAACCUAUGCAUGUGUUCUCUGCCCUGAAUUUAAGCCAACCUACUGCUACACGCUUCUCCAUGUACAGUUGCCCUAUAGUAGAUGAAAAGGAAGAAGAAUUCCAGACAUUCACCGGUUACUGCAAUAUCAGCAAUCAUCAGAGGAUAACGCGUCUCGGAGGGUACAACCGCAGAUACAGCGGCGUGCUGCUCGACAGGGAGAACACGAGGAGCAGACUGAGCAGCAGCAGUGUAGACACUACUCCAAGCUAUAGAAGCUAUUCCUCUCGGUCAUCCAUGACCAGAUCUCGAUCGAGCUGCAGCAGAAGCCCACCGAAGGUUGAAGAUGUGGUGGUGGCUACGUCGGACUACGGCGCGGCGGCCGACGACGAGGUGUCGCUGAAGGCGGGAGACAUCGUCGAGGUUCUCGACACCAAGUCCGCCAUGGGAGCAAAACGCCCCCCCGCGGACCCGGCGCUCGAUGUGGCUGGUGAAGACCUGCUGGACGCCUCCGCAGCCAGGCACAAGAUGGCCGUCAGACCCAAGAAGAAACACCCCAAGAAGGCCAAUGGAGCGAAGGUGGAGGAAAGAUGGCUGGUGCGUGUGCUGGAGGACGGCGACGGCGGCGCGGUGACCACGCGGCAGGGCUACGUGCCGGCCUGGGUGCUGCUGGACGUGGACGCGUGCCCGGAGCGCGACCAGACCGCGCUGGCCGCGAGGAGGCAGGCCGUGGUCCGCGAACUCAUAGAGACGGAAGAAGAGUUCGGUCGAGACAUGCAGCAAGUGGUGACUCGCUACAUGAAGCCCAUGGACAAGGCCAAGACCCCCAAGACUGUGUUCGACAAUAGGGAGCUCCUGUUCAACAACUUCCGACAGAUCGCCGAGUUUCAUACUACGGUGCUCCUAGAAGGCAUCAAGUACUACGCGGGCGAGCCGCGCAUGCUGGGCCGCGCGCUGCUGCGCAUGGAGCGCGAGUUCGACAAGCACGUGGCGUACUGCCGCGACGAGCCGGCGGCGCAGCGGCUGCUGGCCACCGACCCGCAUGUCAACAAGUACUUCCAGGACUUAGCCGACGAUCUCGGUGACGACAAGGGAAUCGCCGAACAUCUCAAACUACCCAUACAACGGAUCAACGACUACCAGUUACUUUUGAAGGAACUAGUAAAGUACUCCAAGCGCCUAAACGAGGACUGCACAGACCUUCAGAAAGCGCUAGAGCUAUUCCUUGGCGUACCUAACCGUGCCACUGACAACAAGUUCAUCGCAUCCAUCGAAGGCUACCGCGGGAAUAUCUACAAACUCGGCCGUCUGCUCACUCACGACUGGUUCACCAUCCUCGACAGUGAGGGCAAGGCUAAGGAGAGAUACCUUUUCCUGUUCAAAGCGAGGAUCCUAGUUUGUAAAGUCAAGAGGGUCUCGGACGAUCGAUCCGUCUUCGUGCUUAAGGAUAUCAUCAAGCUCCCAGAGGUUGAAGUUAAGGAUCACCCAGAAGGAAACAAGUUCGAGCUUCACAUACCAGAAUUACCUGGUCCUCUAGUGCUUACUGCGCGCAAGGAGACAGUCAAAACAACUUGGCUUGAGGAGAUACGGCAGCACUCGAGUGACGUUGUUGCAUUAGCUGAACACGCAGCUGAUGAUCUUCAACUAGAAGAGCCUGAACCUGAACCCGAAGAAAAGAGAAAGAAGAGAGAGCACGAAGAAGAUUCUGCUGAAAACAAGCGCGUGAAAGUUGAUGUUGAAGAAGUUUUGACUAGAGAAGAGUCACUACAACAGCUUAAAGCUAAAAGAAAGGCUUCCAUUGAAAAAGCUGAAGUAGCCAAGAAAAUAUCUAAGACAGAACUAUCUGAGAUCUCUGCUAUACACGAAGUCCAAGAAAUAUCAUCAACAGUUGUAACUAGUGAAGUAACAAACAAAACAUCAUCAGACAUAGAAAUCAAAUCUUCUGUCACUGAAGUUACAACUUUAGAAUCAACUCAAAUAGAAGGACAAUCUAGGAGACAAUCUGACUCUACAGUUGAUAGUGUUGAAACUGUUAAAAUAAGAGAAAGUAAAGUUGAUCAAUCUGCCUUAGAACUAAAUAAAUUUGAACAAUCAUCUGUCGAGGAAAGUAAACUAGAUCGGCAGUAUUCUGUGGAAGAAAAGAGGCUUGAACAAUCAACAGUAGAAGAGAACAAAGUUGAACAAUCUUCUGUAGAAGAAAGUAAGGUUGAGCUAUCGUCCAUAGAAGCAAUUAAAGUUGAUCAAUCUUCGGUAGAAGCAAAUAAAGUUGAACAAUCUUCCAUUGAAGCAAGUCGAAUUACACAAUCUUCUCUGGAAAAAACUAAGCUAUCUACUGAAGAACAGGCUUCAAGUUUAUCGAUCUCCCAAGAACAGAAAUCACAAGAAUCUGUUCGGCGUAAAUCUGAACAAGCCGCAGAACACAUAUCCGAGCAGAUAGAGCAGCGAAGGAAAUCAGAACAGUCACUUGAACAAAAAUCAGAACAACAAUUUCAGCAAUCCUCUGAGUUGGUUUCACAGCAGUCCAUUCAGCAGAAGUCAGCAAAGCAAUCUGAACAAUCAUUUGAGCAGGUUUCACAGCAAUCCAUUCAGCAAAAGUCAGAAGAGAUUGUUCAACAAGUUUCAAGUACUGAACAGAAAUCAGAACAAUUGAUUCAACAAACCUCUGAACAAACGCUGCAACAAGCUUCUACCAAGCAACAAUUAUCUGAACAAUCAGUUUUGCAAUCAUCAGAACAAAAAUCAGAACAUUCAGUUGAACAAACAUCCGGAUCAGUUCGGCAAGAGACAAUCAGCGAACAAAAAGUAUCUUCAGAGAAAACAACAGUUCAAUCAACAGUAGAACAAAAGACUACAAGAGUUAUUGAAGAGACAUCAUCAGUGACGUCAUCAAGUGUUGAAAAAUCAUCAGUUCAAGAGAGUGUAAUAGCUUCAGUGACUGAGAGUCAGGCUUCGAAGGUUGAGAGCGGCCAGGCUCGAGAGGAGGCGAAGGAGGUUGAACAAACUGUAACCGAAGGAGAAAACGGUGGCGACGAAAUGUCGAGAUAUAAUCGUAGUUCGAGGCUCUCUGGAGAUUACUCGAGUGCCCGUAGCGGAAUCCGCUACGAGUCGUCCAGCUAUGAGAGCACCGGCCUGAGCUCCACCUACUCGCGCCGCGAGAGUGGAAGCCGCCGAGAGAGCUCCAAGUACGAAUCCGAGUCCUCACUCGAAGGAGUCGCUAGCAGCCGCUACGAAAGCAGUUCCAAGUAUGAAAGCGCUUCGGCCAAACUUGCCAACGGAUCUUCCAAGUACGGAAUCGAAUCCAGCUACUCUACCAACGGUGGCCAGAUUGAGGGAAGCGCCAACAGCUAUGAGAGCUAUUCAUCGUCUAAAGCCCUUGCCAAUGGCUCGAUCACUACUGGAGAAUCUGCUGCUAUUCGCUCGAAGACCGAAUCGGCCGAUGGGAAACCGCAGUUCUCCGUAACUCUUGAGGGACAGAACAUUGAGCCCGGCGAAAACGCUUUCUUCCAAUGCGCUCUAAGCGAAUCUUCCGAGAAGGUGAAGGUGACAUGGCUGAAGGACAACAGGCCUUUCCCUGACAUCCUCAUGGAUCGAUGCACCAUCACUACUGAGAAUGGAGUCCACAAGAUGGAGCUGCUACACUGCAGGGAAGAUGACACCGGCGUUUACACCGCCAGGGCUGAGAAUGUGAAGGGAAACACCCAUUGCACCGCACAGUUGGUUGUCCAGACGCUGACAGCGGAAGAGAGGCGUCAGAAGAACGCCCUCAACAUGCCGUACUUCCUGGUGGCGCUCACCGACACGGAGAUCCUUGAGAACACCUACCUGAGGUUCAUGGUCAAGGUCAAGGGUGACCCCAACCCGGAUGUUACUUUCUUCCACGACGGCAAAGAGAUCCGUGCUUCCUCAGCGGAGAAGAUCGACAUCAUCCGCACCCUAGCUGACCGCGGCUGCUACGAGCUGGUGAUCGCGGACGUGACGCCUGCGCACGCCGGCACCUACUCCUGCAAGGCCAUCAACAUCUACGGUGACGUCACCUGUGACGCCAAGGUCACUGUUGUUGAUGACAAGAACAUCUUCGGCGAGCUGCCGCCGGGCGGCGAGGGGCUGCUGGCGCGCGGGGAGAAGCCCGCCUUCACCUGGAAGCGGGACGGGGAGCCCUUCGACCCGGAGGAGAGGUUCAAGGUGCUCCUCGGCGACGACGAGGACUCGCUGGCGCUGGUGUUCCAGCACGUGAAGCCGGAGGACGCCGGCCUCUACACCUGCGUCGCCAAGACCAGCACCGGGAACAUCUCUUGUUCUGCUGAGCUUACUGUGCAAGGCGCAGUAAACCACCUCUACCGCGAGCCAGAAAAACCAACCUUAGUCAUCGAGCACCGCGAGGCCAUCGCCUCUGCCGGCGGCUCGGCCAUGCUGGAGCUGCAGUGCAAGGGCUUCCCCAAGCCCGAGCUGCUGUUCAAGCACGACGGGAAGGUCAUCGAGGCCGAUGCCAGGCACAAAUUCCUGUACGAAGACGAGGAGAGCAUGUCCCUCGUGAUCAAGAACGUGACCAGCGCAGACGCCGGUAUCUACGAAGUACUGGCCACCAACGAGCUCGGCACCGACAACACGGAGAUCAAGCUGGUGGUGAAGGCAGCGCCCAAGAUCAAGCAGAAGAUCGAGAACCAGACGUGUUUGAUGGGUGAAUCUCACACUGUCACCAUAGAGAUCGAGGGCACGCCGACACCUGAAGUCAGCUUCUUCAAAGAUGGCGUCGAAAUCAAGGCUUCAGACCGCAUCCUUAUCGUGAAGGAAUCCGAAGAAGUAUACAAGAUCACCAGCAAGGACGCCAAGCUCACCGACACUGGCUCUUAUUCCGUCGUGGCUAAGAACGAAAUUAACCAGAGCUCCGACUUCUGGCAGUGGCAGGUGGUGACUCCGCCUAAAGUUCUGAAGAAGAUGGGCAAAGAGAAGAUUGUUGAAGAAAGUGAAACCGUCACGCUUGAAAUUAAGACGGAAGCUGAACCAGCGCCGGAGGUUAAAUGGUUCAAGAACAAGGUGGAGCUGGUGGAGUCGUCGAGCGUGAAGUUCGUGUCGGAGGGGCAGGCGCACUCGCUCGUCAUCACCUCGGCUAGUCGCGCUGACGCCGGGGAGUACUCUUGUGAGAUCCGCAACACGCACGGCAGCGUCACCGAUUCAUCCCACGUGCGCGUGCGCGCCGGGCCCAUCUUCACGGAGCGCAUGACCAACAAGUCCGCCAAGGAGGGCGACAAGAACAUCGAGUUUACUGUCUCUGUUGAAGCGUACCCGGAGCCUACUAUUAAAUGGUACCAAGGUGACGUGGAGAUAACCGAGAAGAAGUCAGUCUUCACUCGAGUGGACAAGGGCAGCUCUCACAAGCUGAUCCUCAAGGAGAUCUCCGCGGAACUGUCCGGGACCUACAAGUGCAAGGUCACCAACGAGCUCGGCGAGGACUCGUGUGAAGCCACCUUUACUGUUAACCGCAAGCCUCGCAUCACCAAGAGUCUGGUAGACAUGACGGUGAACGCGGGACAGACGCUGACCUUGGACGUGGAAGUCGAGGGCUGCCCCGACCCCAAGGUCAAGUGGUUCAAGGACGGCAAGGAGGUCAACGUGGACGCCAGGAUCAAGAUCGAGAGAGAUACUCAGAGGCUAGAGAACUAUCACCUCACAGUGAAUCUGGUUAAAGAAGAGGAUGGCGGAGAAUACGAAGUGCGAGCUGAGAACGAGAUGGGAAGCGUGUCCUGCAAGAGCACCGUCACUGUACACACUAAAGAAAUUCAUUCGAGAUUAAUAGAAGAGGUGCUAGAAAAUGCACUCGACGACGAACAUAAACCGAAACAAGGUAUUGUUGAAGAAUUAGAUACUGGGACCAACCAAAAAGCUUUAAAGGGUAAAACUGAAGCUGAAAUUGCAGAAGAAAAAUCAUUUAGGGAUGACGAUGAAGAUGGAAACUCAAAGAAAACUGAUAUAAAAGAGAUUGAAAAGCCAGUCUCAUUCCAAGCACAGAAAUCAGUAACAGAACCUGAUAUCGCAGAAGAGAAAUCUUUUUGGGAUGAAAUUGAUGAAGAACCAAAGCAAAGCAAUGUCAAAGAUGUAAACACCCCUCAAGCUACCAAAGCCAAAAAGUCUAUUACUGAACCUGAGGUAGCUGAAGAAAAAUCUUUGUGGGAUGAAAACGCCAAUGAAAAAAAGAAAGCGGUACAAGAGGAAGAAAUUCUAAAUAAUAAACAAGUUGGAUCCAAAGGUCUUACUGAACCAGAAACAAUAGAAGAUAAAUCUAUUGAAGAUGAUUUGUCCCCAAAAAGAAAAUCCGUUAAAAAAGAAAAGCUCGAAGAAUCUUUGAGCGCAGAAAGCGAAGGUAAAGUGUUCCAAACUGUAACCACAUUCAAGACAGGCGACAAUGGCUCGAUCAUUGCGUCCAAAGUUAGCAGCACGAGGUCUCACGGCGCUAUCAUUACAGGUCCGGCUGAAACGCAUACUAUUCACAAAAUGACAUCUACCUCUAUGUGUUAUGAGGAUACUAAUGAAGAAGAUGAUGAUUUCGGUGAUUACGGUGCUAGAAAACUUAUUCAACCGAAUGUACCCCAUAAGACUACCUUAGAAGUUGAAGAAAUUGCUAGCCAUAGCUAUUAUCUUACCGAAAUGGGUCACUACAGCAUACCCGACUUUGUAAGGAGAGGUACUUACGGUAUAAUUGAAGAACCAACAGAUUCUGAAGUAGAUAAUAAUUCUAGAUGUGGAAGGCAACACACAAAUAGAACCAUUUCAAUUAUGUCUGUAUCGGAAGAUGAAAGUUGGCAAAAUGAGCCCUUGUCUAGAGAAAUUUCAAUUGAAGAUCUAUCUAAAUCGAUCUUUGAUAUAGACGAUACUAAAAAAGUAUACAGCAAAGAUUCGUACGUUAGACGAACUUCUUUCCAAGAGGAAUAUGUGGCUGGAGAUAACGAAGCUUUUGUAGUAGAAGAAAAAACUCAUCAGGUCUUUGAAAAUGAUGUCACUGAAAAAAUCAAGAACAUUUCACAAGAAUUUGAUAUAGGUGUGAAAGAAAUAGAGAAUAAGAUUGAAGAUAUCCAAAAUCGAAUCAUUGAAGAACUAGUAAUGAGACCUAUGAAAAACAUGGAAAAUAUUACCAAGAAUGAGACAGAGACCACUGUUGAAAAAAGAAGGAACAAUCGCAAACUCGAAUGUGUACACGAAGAAGACGAUGAAGAAAUUGAAGCAUUGAUAAGGCGGAGUCAAAGACAAAGAAGUAUUUUAGAUGAUAUACUAACUAGAGAAGACGAAACUAAAGCACCGCCAUCAGUCAAAGAAUCAAACUUCAAAAACAAGCACGUAUAUGAGUCUCUGCCCCUGGUCUACACCGUGGAAGCUACGGGCUUCCCAGCGCCCACCGUCCGCUGGCUGCACGAGGGGAAAGAAGUCAAGAAUGGAAAGAGGAUCAAGGUCACCAACGAAGGAGACGUCUUCAAGCUGGAGAUACCGAGCUUGGAGAUGGAAGACGGAGGCAAGUGGCAGUGCGAGAUCAUCAACGAUGUCGGCAAGAAGGUGCUGAAGGCUGACCUGUCUGUUGAUUCGGUCAACGAAUUCCGCAAGCCGAUCUUCACCUCGCCUCUUGAAGCUCAAAGAGCACUACAACGUGAACCAGCCACAUUCAGGGCUGUCUGCACGGCCGACCCCCUGCCCCAUGUCUCGUGGCUGCUUAAUGGAGAGCUUCUGAUGCCGUCAGCUAGCACCAAGACUACGGAGGAGAGUAAAGAAACGGAGCAUGGGCUGAAGGAGUGCACUUACACGCUGCAUAUUCCUAGUGGCCACCACACCGACACAGGCGAAUACACUAUCCAGGCCAAAAACCAGUACGGAGUGGGCGAGAGCUCAGCCCGUCUGGACAUAAUGCUGAAGCCAGAGAUCGAGGGCCUGGCCGACAUCAACGCGCAGCCGUUUGAGGAACGCUCCUUCGUAGCGGUGAUCCAUGCCAACCCUAUUGCUGAGGUUAAAUGGAUCAAGGACGGCGUGCAGGUGCUGCCCUCGUCCUCUUCCAACCUGGAGAUCGUGGAGGACCGGCUCACGGAGACCUUCAAGCUGACCGUGAAGAAGGUGGAGAUCGCCGACGGGGGCGUCUACACGCUCACCGCCAAGAACGAGCUGGGAGAGACGUCGAAGAACGCUACGCUGUCUAUUCUGACUGGCGAGCCAGUCUUCACCAAACCUCUGCAAAAACAAGCGGUCAAAGACUUCGACACAUGCACCCUCAAGGUGCGCGCGGACGGAGUGCCCAAGCCCGACAUCUCGUGGUACCGUGAGGGGGAGCUGGUUACUGAUGACGAGAGGCACCAGGUGACCACGGAGGUGGCCGGCCAGGUCGACAGCCAGCUCGAGAUCAAGGAGUUCUGCGCUGGGGAUGCUGGAAAGUACAUGGUCCGCGCCACCAACCUAGUCAGCGAGGCGGUCUGCGAAGCCGUCAUCUCUCUGGACCAGAGCACGCCCGGGUUCACGCACAAGCUGGAGAGACAGAAGGAUGUGGACGAGGGCGAGCCCAUACUGCUGACCGCUAAACUGCAGGGCAGCCCGAGACCUACCGCUACUUGGUUCAAAGACGGAAUCGAGAUCCCCAAGACGGACCCCCGCAUCACCCAGGUCCACCUCCCUGAUGGCACGGUGAAGCUGAGCAUCGAGCACGCGGCGCCCACAGACUGCGGCGCCUACAAGCUGCAGAUUAGCAACCCUAACGGGGAUUACACGGCGCUUUGUGCUGUCGCUGUUAACCCGACACCCCGCAAGCCAUCCUUCAGCCAGGACCUGGAGGACCAGAAGACGACGGUGGGGCAGCCGCUGAAGCUGCAGGCCACCAUCAUGGCCUACCCCGCGCCCGAGGUCAAGUGGUUCAAGGACGGCGUCCCGAUCCGUCCAUCGCAAGCUGUGAACUUCAUCAACCAGCCGGGCGGGCUCAUAGGGCUCAGCAUCGACGCGUGUCGGCCCGAGGACGCCGGGGUGUAUUCACUAACUGUUGCCAACAAGCUGGGAGAAGUGCAGUCGAAGGCCACAGUGGAAGUGUCCCAGCGUGAGAAGAAGCCGGCGUUCAUCGCGGAGCUGCAGCCAGCCACCGUCAUCGAGGGCUUCCCCGCGCGCCUCGAGGUCAAGGUGCUGGGACACCCGCCCCCCACCAUCAAGUGGACCCACAACGGCAAGGAGAUCGUGCCCGACGGCACUCACCUCCAGAUCGUCUCCAAGCCGGACGGCUCCCAAGCCCUGCUCAUAGACAAGGCGACUGCGGCGGACGCUGGAGAGUAUGCCGUGGUGGCGGUCAAUGACAAGGGAGAAGUGGCUAGCAAGGCGCAGCUUAGUGUUGCUGGUCGCACCGACGACUCCGUACCACAAGAGCGUCCGCAACUCAUCCACGGCCUCCGCGACAUGACGGCGGAGGAAGGUCAACCUCUAGCGUUGGGGGCAGCCUACGUGGGCAACCCCGUGCCCGACGUCACCUGGACCAAGGACGGGGUGCCGCUAGUGCAGGCCGACGACGUGUCUAUAGUGUGCCAUGGGAACAGGGUGGGCCUAGAAAUCAGCCCGUGCGCCAUGUCCCACGCGGGAGUGUACUCGGUGAAGCUGGUGAACCCGCUCGGUGAAGACGAGUCGUCCGCCACCGUCGCCGUGAGGAAGGUGUACCAGCCGCCCAGCUUCUCGCAGAAAUUCACCGAUCUGCAGCAGCUGCCGACGUUCGACGCGAAGUUCCCGGCUCGAGUGCAGGGCGUGCCCGCGCCCGACAUCACGUGGCUCAAGGACGGUCAGCCCGUGAGGGAGGGGGAGAAGUACCACAUCAAGAGGGAUGGUGACGCUGUGUGUCUAUACGUGCGUGACGUGAAGCCAGAAGACUCCGGCAAAUACAGCUGCGUGGCGCGCAACCGUGAGGGGGAGGACUCCUGCGCGGCACAGCUGGAGGUUGUUGAUACCAUUCGCAAGCGUCAGAAGAUGGAGCCCCCAUACUUCCUGAAAAAGAUCGGCGACACGGAGGUGUACCGCGGCAUGAGCGCCAAGUUCACCGCCUGCGCCGCCGGCAGCCCCGAGCCCGACGUCGAGUGGUACCGCAACGGCGACCGCAUGUUCCCGUGCGAGCGCAUCCGCAUGGACAAGGAGAGCACGGGCCUGCUGCGGCUCACCAUCAGCCAGGUGGAGCCGACGGACGUGGGCACGUACACGUGCCGCAUCUACAACGACCACGGACACGCGCAGUGCUCCUCCGAACUCACUUAUGAUACCCUAGAGCCCCGCGAGAACCGUAAACCCAUCGGCGACCAGUAUUCAGACUUCGACAAGAUGAAGAAGACCGGCGUCCCGAUGCCGCUGGCCGACCGGCCCAUCAUCGCGCGCAUGACGGACAGACAUCUGACGCUCGGGUGGAAGCCGUCCGUGCCGCACGGGCCGAGGUUCCCUGUCACUUAUCAGGUGGAAAUGUGCGAGCUUCCCGACGGUGAUUGGUUCACAGCACGCACCGGCCUCCGCUCUUGUGUCUGUGACAUCCGCAACUUGGAGCCUUUCAGAGACUACAAGUUCCGCAUCCGCGUAGAGAACAAGUUCGGGGUCUCGGACCCGAGCCCCUACGCCACCACGCACCGCAGCAAGCUGCAACCACCUGCGCCUCGCUUCGUGCCAUAUCUACCACCUGGCACUGACUUCAGACCGGAUUCCUCGGCACGAUUCCCGCAAGACUUCGAUAUUGAACGUCCCCUGCACGACGGCUACUCCCAAGCGCCAGGCUUCCUCCGCCAAGUGGACCCUCAGUACGGAGUCAAAGGACACAACGUCAGCCUCUACUGGUUCGUCUACGGCUACCCCAAGCCCAAGAUGGAGUACUACUUCAACGACGAGAAGAUUGAGAUCGGAGGCAGAUACGACUGGAGCUACACUAGGAAUGGACAGGCUACGCUGUUUAUUAACAAAAUGCUAGAGCGCGACAUCGGUUUCUACGAAGCAGUAGCCAUCAACGAGCAUGGCCAAGCCCGGCAGCGAGUCCCUCUCGAAAUCGCCGAGUACCCAGUGUUCAUCAAGCGGCCGGAGGAGACGGUCGUGUUGGAAAGAAAGAACGCCCGCAUCGAGGCGAGAGUGACUGGAGUGCCGUACCCGGACAUCAAGUGGUACAAGGACUGGCAGCCGCUUGCUGAGAGCUCCAGGAUUAAGAUCAAGUUCAUCCAGCCCGACACCACAAUCCUGGUGAUCAACGACGCCAUCUUGAAGGACGAGGGGCUCUACUCCAUCUCCGCAUCCAAUGUGGCCGGAGCUGUCAGCUCUUCCGCCAUGCUGCAUAUUGAGGAGAGUGUUGAAGAGUACUCUUACAGAAUCCGCGAGCACCCGCCACGCAUAAAGGCGAGCACGAAGCCGUUCGGCGACUACUACGACCUCGGCGACGAGCUCGGCCGCGGCGUGCAGGGCGUCGUCUACCACGCCGCCGAGAGACUGUCCGGCCGCAACUACGCCGCUAAGAUCAUGCACGGGCACUCGGAGCUGAAGCCCUUUAUGAAGAACGAGCUGGAGAUCAUGAACAUGCUCAACGACCGCCAUCUUAUACGUCUACAUGACGCCUACGAACACGACCAUACUCUUGCGCUAGUGAUGGAGCUGGCGGGCGGCGGCGAGCUGGUUCGCGACAAGCUCCUGCGCAGCUCGCUGUGCACCGAGCGCGAGAUCGCCGGCUACAUGCGCCAGCUGCUGCGCGGCCUCAAGUACAUGCACGACAAUAAUGUGGCGCAUUUGGGACUCACGAUCGGCGAGCUGCUAAUCUCGCACGCGGGCAGCGACGAGCUCAAGAUCUGCGACUUCGGCCUCUCCCGCCGCAUCCAGUUUGGCAAGCACGCGACACUAGACUAUGGAGUCCCGGAGUAUGUGGCUCCGGAGGUGGCGGCUGGAGAGGGAGUCUCGUAUAGUGCUGAUCUGUGGAGCGUGGGGAUUAUUACCUACAUACUGCUUGGAGGUCACUCACCCUUCCGCGGCGCGAACGACCGGGAAACCCUCUCCCGCAUCCGCCAAGGCCGCUGGGACUGGCACGACGAGGAGUGGUGGUCGCGCUUCAGCGUGGAGUCCCGAGACUUCAUAUCGAAACUGCUGUGCUACAAUGUGCAUGAGAGGAUGGACGUCAACGCGGCGUUGAACCACCCGUGGUUGACGUUGGCGGAUAAGAUCUAUGAGGACGAGUACCAGUUCACGCUGGAUCGGUUGAGGAAUUACUACAGCUUGUAUAGAGAGUGGAUGAGCAACGCGCAGUGUCGCACGUGGUUCCGGCGGCGGCCGCUGAGCGGCGCCUUCGAGCACCCCUCCAAGAUGGUGUACCCGCCCGGGGAGAUCUACACCCCGGAAGGUUCCCCGGAGCGCGACACCCACGACCGCAAGGGCAGUCCCUUCGACCUCAAGUUCAAGCAGUGGGAGCACCCCGACUGGGAGGUCUCCGCCAAAUCAGAGAGUCACUACCAGAACGGCCCGGACACGUACCUGCUCCAGCUCCGCGACACGGACUUCCCGGUGCGGCUGCGCGAGUACAUGAAGGUGGCGUGCACCCGCUCCGUGGGCUACAGCCUCGCCGUGCACGACACUUACGAUCCCAGGACGCCCAUAAUCCGCGAGCGCCGCCGCUUCACCGACAUAAUGGACGAGGAGAUCGACGACGAGCGGCGCGACCGCAUCAACAACUACGGCACCGAGUCCUACACCAUCCGCCGCCUGCGCCACGAGCUGGGCACCAGGCUGGACAGCUACGCCGAGGCGCAAGCCUUCAUGGAGUCUAAGAAGGACGGACAACUGCCGUUUUUGAGAGAGAAACCUCAGUUAUUGCCUAUCAGGGAAGGUGAACCCGCUCAACUCUCCUGCUUCGCCGUCGGAGACCCCAAACCUUCAGUGCAAUGGUUCAAGAACGACAUGGUCAUCGCCGAAGGUAACCGCAUCAAGAUCAUCGAAGACGAAGAAGGCAGAUCGACCCUCAGGUUCGAACCCGCCAUGCAUCACGACAUCGGCUACUACAAGGUGGUCGCACGGAACAAGGUUGGACAAACAGUUGCUAGGACCAGAGUUGUAGAGGCGUGUACACCGGAUGCGCCUGACAGCCCCACGGCCGCUGAAACCUCUGAUACUGAAGUUCUACUGCGGUGGAAGCAGCCCAAGUAUGACGGCAACUCGCCUGUGGUCUGCUACGGACUGCAGUACAAGGAGGGCGAUAGCAUCGAGUGGAAGGACGUCGCCCACAACAUCGACCAUGAAUUCUUCGUCUUAAGAGACCUGAAACCCGACACCAGCUACCAGUUCCGCCUGUCCUCCCGCAACCGCAUCGGCUGGAGCGACCAGGGCAUCCCCACGCACCUCGUCAAGACCAAGGCGGCCGGCGCACCCAAACUAGAAAUCACCAAGGCGAUGAAACACCUCCAACAAAUCACGGAAUCCGGACAGGACAUCGUCUUGGACGAGGAGAGGCCUAAACUCAACUACAACACAGAAGAAAGCCCGAUCGAAUGGGACUCCUCAGAGAACUUCACUGACAAGUAUAGCUUCAUCUCAGAAUUGUGGCGAGGCAAGUUCUCCAUCGCCGUCAAGGGAGUCGACAAGUCAAACAACAACGUCGUUGUCGCCAAAAUCUUAGAAAACAGACCGGAGACGGAAGUGAUGGUGAAACGGGAAUACGAGUGCAUAAGACGACUGAGGCACGAGAGGAUAUCCAACCUCAUAGCCGCGUACCAAGCACCCGCCGCGCCUAUUGCCGCUCUAAUUCUGGAGAAACUGCAGGGGGCAGACAUCCUCACAUACCUGUCAAGCCGUCACGACUACACCGAGCAAAUGGUAGCGACUAUAGUGACGCAAAUCCUGGACGGUCUUCAAUACAUUCACUGGAGGGGCUACUGCCACCUGGACCUGCAACCCGACAACGUGGUCAUGUCUUCGGUCAGGACCAUUCAGGUCAAAAUUAUCGACUUCGGAUCUGCACACAAAGUCACCAAACUGGGAACCUCUGUACCUUCUGUAGGAGAACUGGAGUACAAAGCACCUGAAAUAAUAAACGACGAGCCGGCCUACCCUCAGACAGACAUCUGGUCUCUGGGAGUGCUGACCUACAUCAUGUUGUCCGGAGUAUCUCCCUUCAGAGGAGAGGAUGACUCGGAGACCAAACAGAACAUCUCCUUCGUCAGAUACCGCUUCGAGCAUUUGUAUAAGGAGAUUUCACAGGAGGCUACGAGAUUCCUGAUGUUCCUGUUCAAGAAGGUGCCCCUGAAGCGGCCGUCGGCGGAGGAGUGCCACGAGCACCGCUGGCUCACGCAGUCUGACUUCAUGAACAAGAAGAGAGAGCGAUCCGUGUUCUUAGGGAACAGGCUUAAGGAAUUCUCUGACGAGUACCACUCGCGCAAGUCGGCCGAAGCCUCCCAAGCCGACACGGUGGGCGCGGCCUUCGGGCAGGUGUCGCCGCGCCAGCUCAUCCGCUCCAACAGCAUACAGGAGGAGCUCUUCACCAACUUCUCUAGCGCCUAGGAGAUGCCAGCGGAGGCUGGUUGGAUAGUUGGAAUGUCUAUGUCAUACUGAGUCAUAGAGUGGAGGUUUAUUGAGGUUGUUUGAAAGCAAAAGUCAAAAAAGAUUUUAAGUUUGCUACAAGGAAUAGAUAUAAAAUUAUAUGAAUUGAAUAGAUUAAAUUACUCAAGCAGCCUCAAUAAAAUCUAAAAGAGAAUUUCAGUCAAAAUCAUCGUCACCAUCAUGAAAUUUCACAAAUGUAAAAAUCUAGUCAAGUUUCGAUGUUUUGUUAAUUUUUUAAUUCAUUUAUUUAUUUUUCAUUUUUUACCAAUUAUUUAUUACUAUUUAUACGUAUUUUGUAAUAUUAUUGAUGCUCAUGUAUUACUGGAUGCAAUAUAGAGCAUUAAAACUUAAA